AUGAUACGUGGUAUCGGUACUGACAUAGUAUUUAUACCAAGAAUGCUAAGAAUAUUACAAAAAUAUGGGAAAAAAUUCCUCAAUAAAAUCUAUACCGAGCAGAAA